CGGCAGCAAAGCAAGGUGGAGGCACGAAGACAGAAGAGAUCAGGUUAAUGAAAGCAUGAGGUGGCUGUUAGGCAGCAGCUGGAGAAAAUUUGGACACGCUGACAGGGGAAACUACGACUGGCUAGACAGCGAACCGGGUGGGCCGCUUCUGGAAACAGAGCUUCAGAGCAGACAACAGAAAAGUUCAACCAAAGAUGACAUAGAACCAUUUCUGUGCAUCAUAUUGCCUGCCACCAUGAUGCUCUUCCUGGCAUUCCUGCUGCUCUUCCUGUACCGCCGUUGCCAGCGCCCCACCCCGCAGGGGCAGAUCUUCAGCAUCGACCUCCCAGAGGACACACCCGAGCACGACGUGUCCAGUUUCCUUUCCAUGCUGCCCUGGAACAGUGAACAGAGUUUCCACUACUCCACUCUGCUCCCUGAUGCUACGUUCCUCACUGUGUGUUUGCCUCCAUCUUAUGAGGAGGCCACCAUGAAGACUCCCAUGGACGGGGCUCAUGUUGAGCUCUCUCCAGACCCAGUGCCUCCUUACGAAGAGAGCACGCUGCAGUCCAGCAGCACCAAAUAAACUUCCUAGGGAAGCACCUUAGCUGAAGCGUGCAGCCCCUCAAGGCACAAACGUGGAACUGCUACGGCCUUUAAAAAUGAGCAAAAGAUUCCAAAUGAGGCGCCAAACCAAUGAAUUAAAGAAGAAAGAAACUUGGAGUAACAGGGAAUGAGUCUCUUCACAUCAUUCUGGGAUCCUCUGCCUUCCAUUUGUGGCAAGCACACACACAGCCUAGCACCAAGUUGGUCUCAGAUCAGUAACACAGGUAUUCCAGUUAACAAAGUGUGUCAUGCAAGGAUCAAACUUAAGGACAGGUGGGAAUCUGACCCUCUGCAAUCCCUCAGCCACAAGGAGACAUUAAUUAUGCUACACAUUCACCAGUCACAAAAGGGCUUUUAGCACAUACCUAUUACUGCUUGGCUUCU